AUGUCGUCAUCGCUCCUGCCCACCACCUCCGGCGGGGCUCACAUCUGCCCGUCCCCGCCUCGACCGCGCCGCCGCCGGUGCUGCCAAGUAAUCGCCGCCGCCUCCGCUCCGCCCGCUUCUGACGGCGUCGGCCGCCGCGCCGUCUCCCUGGCCGGCGUCGCCGCCUGGCUCGCCACUACCGUCGGCCGGGCAGACGCGGCCAGUCCAUUGGACAAGUAUGUCAAGAGGAAGAAGCUGGAGCCUUUGGAGAGCUACGUUCCGGCUGUCCUGCUGACUAUUGACCAAUUCGUUGAUCUAGAGAAAUCUUUAGAAUUUGAGAAACCAAUGUAUGACGAGAGCAGAUCAUUACUUCGCUCUGGACCGGCAUCAUCUUUGCGGGUCAGCAUUCGGGCAGUGGCACAAUAUGCUUCUAGUAAUGGUCAAGGCAAGGCUGCAUCAGACGCUGUGGACGAGUGCUUACGAGCAUUGGAAGAUCUCGACUCACUGCUACUACGUGCAUCACGGAAUGAUCCGUCAGCGUCCGUUGAAACCAUGAGGAGCAAGAUCACUGUUGCCCUUUCAGCAUUAGACAAUCUCUUGCAAACGGUGCCAUCUGCAGUACUGGAUAAAGGAAAGGCGAUUGCUGAUGCAUACCGGACUCCGGUGGAUGAUUAUGUAGAGGAAAAUGCUGCCGAGUUGGAUCCCAGGCUGAAACAGUUGGAGGAUAUUCUUUAA